AUGUCGCCCAACCCAAACAAGCGCAGGGCCAGCUUCGACUCGAACGAGGGCGAGAGCCAGGUCGUGGCCAAGGCCUCGAAGAAGAGCAAGACCGCCGACUCGGCUCACGGGCCCGUUGGCAAGGAUGAUGAAGGCCAACCGUACUGGGAGCUGUCGUCCAAAAGGCGCGUCGGCAUUUCGAAGUUCAAGAACAUGACCAUGGUGAACAUUCGAGAAUACUACGACAAAGACGGCAAGAUGUUUCCAGGCAAGAAGGGCAUUUCCCUGUCCGUGGAGCAGUACACGGCGCUUAUCCGAGCCGCUCCCGCCAUCAGCGCCGCCUUGAAAGAGAUGGGCCAGCCAAUCGACGAAGCCAACCAUCUCGGCGAGACGGCCAUGGUGAUGAAGGGAUCCAAGGCUGAGAAAUCCAAACCGGGGACGGGCGAAAAGACGAAGGCGGCCAAGGCCAACUUUGAUACGACAAGCGACGAGGACGAAAAGUAA